AUGCUUUCUGAUACCAUCUACCCUGCCCCUUCCUCUGCGGAAUUGAGGAAGCAUUUUCUGGGAAAGCACAUCUCAGAUCUUCCAUCUCCAUCUGUGAUUCUCGAUGAAGCUGUACUCAAGCGUAAUUGCGAGCGUAUGCUCCAGGCUCCAAAGACUUUUGGCAUUGACUUUAGAGCCCAUGUAAAAACUCAUAAGACUAUUGAAUUGACCCGCCUACAGCUUGGAAAAAGACGUGGUGGAAAGUUGGUUGUUUCUACAGUACGAGAGGCAGAGGCCUUGGCCCCAUUGAUCAAGGAAGGCGUUGUGGACGAUAUCUUAUAUGGAGUCCCCCUUGCGCCCUCAGCAAUUCCUAGGCUCUCGGCUCUUUCUUCUGCUUAUCCAGCCCUUACUAUCAGUCUUCUUAUCGACCACCCUGAUCAGCUUACACCGCUUCUCAAGUCCAUUGCCCCUGGGGCGAAACAAUGGCCUCUUUUCAUCAAGCUCGACGUAGGAUCUCACCGUGCCGGGAUUGAGGUAGCUACCGAAGGCUUCAAAACUCUUCUUGGUCGUAUCCGCUUCCUUGAACUUGAAACCACUGGGAAAGUCUUCUUGAAGGGCUUUUACACCCAUGCCGGCCACUCAUACAGCGCCACAAAUGCCACCGAAGUCUUCACACUCUUGUCAGAGGAAAUCAAGGCAGGAGAGCUGGCAAUGUUCUCGGCAAACAAAGAGUUUGGUUUGCCAAAGGAGAGUAGCCGCAAAUGGACCAUCUCCGUUGGCUCUACACCCACAGCCUUGUCGAUAACAACCAUGACGAAGGAUCCGGAAUCCACAAGGACCUUUGCGCAAGAUCUUGGAUCACUUGACAAGCGAUGCAGCCUUGAGGUUCACGCAGGUGUCUACACAAUGCUUGAUCUACAACAGCUUUCAACUCAUGCGAUUCCUGAACCGCAUAGCUUGGGGGUUAAGGACAUUGCUAUCUCGGUCCUUGCUGAGGUAGUCUCGAUCUACCCCGGUCGUGGUGAGGGUGGAUCGACUGAGGCACUCGUGGCAGUUGGCACCACUGGGUUAGGGCGUGAGCCAGGUAAGGAAUGGCCUGGCUGGGGAGCAGUCUCAGACUGGGGAAUGCCUGGUGCUGGAAGAACACCAAAGGAAAGUGGAUGGGUUGUGGAUAAGAUCUCUCAGGAGCAUGGUGUAUUGGUGGAGAAGGUGAAGGGUGCAGGGGAGAAGCUCAAGGUUGGAGGAAAGGUGAGAAUCUGGCCUCAGCACGCCUGCAUUGCGAGCAAUGGGCACGGAUGGUAUUUCGUUGUUGGUCCUGAUAACACUGUAAAGGACGUAUGGGUUAGGUGGAGAGGUUGGUGA